AUGUAUGAUUUAAGUUUUCUCAAUUUUGUUUUCCCAAAAAUUUGAUCAAGAUAGUCAUUUGAUUCCCUGAACGUGCGAAGAUGAAAUGUAUUUAUUUGUUUAUUCUCUCCCAUUGCAUCUUUCUUUCUUCUUCCUACCUUCUUCAGCUCCCACCCGACGAUCUCUCUUGGCUCCUAAAAUUCUGCCAUUUCUUACCUAUCUCUUCAGUUCAACAACUCAACAUCUUAAAUCUUCAUGUCCUGAAAAGAACCCUUUAAAAACAAAGUCUUCAGAUACAAAAAGCUUUGCAUUUGGCUAACAUAUAGCUCGCUGGAGCUAAAGAUGCUGGACUGGUGCCUAGGAAGUUAUCGGGACCACCUGUUCCAGAGACCAAUGUGCCAUGCCAAGGUCACCCUACUCUGCCUCUUCAUGACCGCCAUCGUCCUACUUGGCACAAUUGGCGCCGGCAAGUUUGGCACUCAGGAGCAACACUUCAACUACCUCCGCAACAACUUCUACUCUUCUCGCAAGCGCGCCGAGCCACAGAAAGUUGUCAUUGAAUUGACUCGCAACAACAGCAGGAAUGAUACGAAUACCAAAAGCGAUGAUCCAAAUAGCUAUGCCUCAUUUGAUAUUAACAAGCUAUUAGUCGAUGAAGGCGAAGACGAUGAGAAUCCUGAUUCGGACAAGCCAUACAGUUUGGGGCCGAAGAUUUUAGAUUGGGACCAGAAGAGAGCUGAAUGGCUAGGUGAAAACCCGAAGUUUCCCAACUUUGUUGGGCCUGACAAACCGAGAGUUCUGUUAGUCACAGGAUCUUCACCGAAACCUUGCGAGAAUCGUGUCGGCGAUCAUUACCUGCUAAAAUCAAUUAAAAAUAAGAUUGAUUACUGCAGGCUUCACGGCAUCGACAUUUUUUACAACAUGGCUCUGCUUGACGCUGAAAUGGCUGGCUUUUGGGCUAAGCUGCCGUUAAUAAGGAAGCUGCUGGUUUCGCAGCCCGAGAUAGAAUUCUUGUGGUGGAUGGAUAGCGAUGCUAUGUUUACAGACAUGGCAUUUGAGGUGCCGUGGGAGAAGUACAAGGAUUAUAACCUUGUGAUGCACGGGUGGAAGGAGAUGGUUUAUGAUCAAAGGAAUUGGAUUGGACUGAACACAGGGAGUUUCUUCAUAAGGAACUGUCAAUGGUCAUUGGAUCUUUUAGAUGCAUGGGCACCAAUGGGGCCUAAAGGGAAGAUUAGAGAUGAAGCAGGGAAACUACUUGCCAAGGAGCUGAAAGGGAGGCCGGUUUUCGAAGCUGAUGAUCAGUCUGCAAUGGUAUAUUUGCUGGCUACACAGAGGGAUAAGUGGGGCGACAAAGUAUAUUUAGAGAAUGCUUAUUAUUUGCAUGGUUACUGGGAGAUCUUGGUUGACAGGUACGAGGAGAUGAUCGAGAAAUACCAUGCCGGUCUUGGUGAUGAUCGGUGGCCUCUUGUAACUCACUUCGUAGGAUGCAAACCUUGUGGGAAGGCGGGGGAUUAUCCGGUGGAGAGGUGCUUGAAGCAGAUGGACCGUGCUUUCAAUUUUGGAGAUGAUCAGAUUCUGCAGAAAUAUGGGUAUGCUCAUGCUUCACUGGCUGCUUGGAGGGUUAGGAAGAGCAGUAAUUAAUCCACUUUAAUUCAAGCUGUUUAGGGCAUCAAAACCAUUGCAAGAGAGGGUUCUGCAGAUGCUGUGCUUGCUUGCUUUCUAGCUGCUCGUGUUCUUCAUUUAAGAAUCUAUCUAUAGAUUGUAGGAGUUGUUGAAAUGCGUUUUUUUGAAUGUUUUUCUUUCAUAAAUUCCAAUCGAUCUUAAAUUAACCAAUGAUUUAUCCACUAAAAUAUCAUUACAUAUCCACGCAUCAUCGUAAUUCCAUUUCUUAAUUAUAACUAUUUAACAAUUAUUAAGAUAUAGUUUAAUAUUAUGGUAAUUAUUUUUGUUAAAAUAUUUUUUUUAUUUUAAAAUAAUAUUAUUUUAUUUUUUAAAAUUUAUUUUUAAUAUUAACACAUCAAAAUAAUUUUAAAAUAAAUAAAAAAAUUAAUUUUAAAAAUAAAGACAGUUCGUUUCUAUCGUAGUAUUUGUUUUUACAUUUUAAAAAAAAUUUAAAUUUUUUUAUUUUUUAUUUACUUUAAAUUAAUAUUUUUUUAGUUUUUUUAAAUUAUUUUAAUACAAUAAUAUCAAAAAUAAUUUUUAAAACAUAAAAAAUAUAUUAUUUUAAUAUAUUUUUAAAUAAAAAAUAUUUUACAAAACAACCACAAUAUUUCAAUCAUAUUUUCAACCAUUUUUAUGAAAAGAAAAAGUAAAACUGUAAUUUUUCCCAAGUUACAAGGAUAAAUUUGUAACAAUACGCUUCCUCACACUUCUUUAGCGAGACCUGCUCAUGCUUCCACCUUUCCAUAACUUCAUUUCCCUCCCUCCCUCUCUCUCUCUUCGGUCCUGUUAAUCGAACUCUCGGAAGGGCACAGAAGAAGCAGAAAAAUGGAUGGGCACGAUGCAGAUGAUGCCAAAAAGAGCACUGCUGAUAUGACUGCUUUUGUG